AUGCGCCCCGCCUCGGACCGGCCCCUCCCCCAAGGCGCCCGAGGCCCCCCGCCCCCCGGCGGUGACCAGCAGAGGACGCCGUCCCUUCUUCGGAUGCACCCCACCUCGGACCGCUCCCGGGACCGGGCCCUCCCGGCCCCCCGCCGGACCCCCGUCCUGGGGGGGCGGAGCCAGUCCUCGUCCCUGUCGCUCCCGGAGCCGGAGGCCUGGAGGACCCCUAGCCCCGUGUCCCGGGGGACCCCUAGCCCCGUGUCCCGGGGGACCCCCAGCUCCGUGUCCGGGGGGACCCCCAGCCCCGUGUCCGGGGGGGCCCCUAGCCCCGUGUCCAGGGGGACCCCCAGCCCCGUGUCCCGGGGGACCCCUAGCCCCGUGUCCAGGGGGACCCCCAGCCCCGUGUCCAGGGGGACCCCCAGCCCCGUGUCCAGGGGGACCCCCAGCCCCGUGUCCAGGGGGGCCCCCAGCCCCGUGGCCCGCCCUGGCCUGCUCCAGGGCUCGCGCUCCACCUCCCUUCAGGUGCCCCGGGCCCUCAACGAGUACCUGGCUCUGCCCCCCCGGGCGGCCACCUUCGACGUGCCGACCACGAGCGGAGGAGGGGGGGGAGGAGAGGAGGAGGAGGAGGGGGAGGGGAGGGAGGAGGGGGAGGGGGAGGGUCCGGCCGAGCCCGGCUCGGGCUCCGUCAGCCCCCACGGCAUGCUCCGGCGGAGGGGGGGUCUGUUGGAGCAGAAGGACGUCAUCAUGGCUCACCAGGCGCACAAGAUCCAGAGCACGCCGCAGGCCCGACGGAAGGAGUGGGAAAUGGCUCGGUUCGGAGACGAGUCUCAGCCGAGCACCAUGGACUCCGGAGACGGGGACGUGGAGGGCGGCACGGCCGAGGGACAGGACGCGGUCUCCGCUUCGGGGAUGUCCGGGUCCCUGAAGCAAGCCAAGGCUCAGAGGGCUCGGACCAUGGCCAUGUAUAACCCCGUGCCCCACCGGCAGAACUGUCUCACAGUCAACAGGUCGCUCUUCAUUUUCGCAGAAGACAACUUCAUCCGGAAAUACGCGAGGAGAGUCAUUGAAUGGCCACCGUUUGAGUAUAUGAUCCUGGCCACCAUCACCGCCAACUGUGUGGUGCUGGCCUUGGAACAGCACCUCCCUGGAGAGGACAAAACGCCCAUGGCCAAGAGACUGGAGAAGACGGAGCCGUACUUCAUCGGGAUCUUCUGCUUCGAGGCGGGGAUCAAGCUGCUGGCUCUGGGCUUCGUGUUCCACAAGGGCUCCUACCUGAGGAACGGCUGGAACGUCAUGGACUUCAUCGUGGUGCUCAGCGGGAUCAUGGCGACUGCCGGGGCCCACAUGAACAUCCCGGUGGACCUGCGCACCCUGAGAGCCGUGAGGGUCCUGAGACCCCUCAAGCUGGUGUCUGGAAUCCCAAGCCUGCAGAUCGUGCUCAAGUCCAUCAUGAAGGCCAUGAUCCCGCUGCUCCAGAUCGGCCUGCUCCUGUUCUUCGCCAUCCUGAUGUUCGCCAUCAUCGGCCUGGAGUUCUACAGCGGGAAGCUCCACCACACCUGCCAGCCUUCUGUCGACAUCCUCGAGAACGAGACGGUGGACUCGACGGAGGUGGCGUUUGCCUGCGGCAUGCGGAAGUGUCCGGAGCGGUACGACUGCAACGACAGCUGGAUCGGCCCCAACGACGGCAUCACGCAGUUCGACAACAUCCUGUUCGCCGUGCUCACCGUGUUCCAGUGCAUCACCAUGGAGGGCUGGACCGCCGUGCUCUACAAUACGAACGACGCCUUGGGUUUCACCUGGAACUGGAUUUACUUUAUCCCUCUCAUCAUCAUCGGGUCCUUCUUUGUCCUCAACCUGGUUUUGGGUGUCCUCUCUGGGGAGUUUGCCAAGGAGAGGGAGAGGGUGGAGAACCGGCGGGCCUUCAUGAAGCUGCGGCGGCAGCAGCAGGUGGAGCGCGAGCUAAACGGCUACCGGGCCUGGAUCGACCGCGCAGAGGAGGUGAUGCUCGCAGAGGAGAAUAAGAAUUCGGGGAGAUCAGCUUUGGAUGUGCUGAAGCGAGCCACCAGCAAGAAGACAGGUGCCCGCCGGGGACCCCCGGGAGAGGGGGGCGAGAAAUUCGCCGACACGUCGACCGCGAGCAUGUCCCGCUCCAGGGUGAACUACCGCAGCGGGCGGCGCGGCCCGGCCGCCUACCUGCGGCGCCAGGAGCGCAUGUUCCGCAUCUCCAUCCGCCGCAUGGUGAAGACGGACUCCUUCUACUGGAUCGUGCUCAGCCUGGUGGCCCUCAACACCUUCUGCGUGGCCAUCGUCCACCACAACCAGCCCGACUGGCUCUCCAUCUUCCUCUACUAUGCAGAGUUUGUGUUCCUGGGGCUGUUCCUGGCGGAGAUGUUCCUGAAGAUGUACGGCCUCGGCCUCCGGCUCUACUUCCACUCCUCCUUCAACCGCUUCGACUGUGGGGUGAUCGUGGGCAGUAUCUUCGAGGUGGUGUGGGGAUUCUUCCGGCCCGGGAUGUCGUUCGGGAUCAGCGUGCUCCGGGCACUUCGCCUGCUCCGGAUCUUCAAGAUCACCAAAUACUGGGCGUCUCUCCGGAACCUGGUGGUGUCGCUGAUGAGCUCCAUGAAGUCCAUCAUCAGCCUGCUGUUCCUGCUCUUCCUCUUCGUGGUUGUGUUCGCCCUCCUGGGCAUGCAGCUCUUCGGAGGCAGGUUCAUCUUUGAGGAUUACACUCCCACCAACUUUGACACGUUUCCAGCUUCCAUCAUGACAGUGUUUCAGAUCCUGACGGGCGAGGACUGGAACGAGGUGAUGUACAACGGGAUCCGAUCCCAGGGGGGCGUGCAGUACGGGAUGUGGUCCUCCAUCUACUUCAUCGUGCUGACUCUGUUUGGAAACUACACACUGCUCAACGUGUUCUUGGCCAUCGCCGUUGACAACCUGGCUAAUGCACAGGAGCUAACCAAGGAUGAGGAGGAGGAGGAGGCGUUCUUCAACAGAAGAUACGCUCGGAGCGGAGAGGGCUUGUUGUCGGAGGGGAGGAGACGGCCCUACCUCUACAGGAAGAGGGCCAUCCACCGGGGCCGACCCGCCUUCCCGGAGGAGCCCGAGGCCGCGGAGGCGGAGGAGGAGCCCCCCGCCGCCGCCGCCGCCUUCCCCAACCGCCGUAACCGCCGCCGGAAGGUGCACAUGUCCGUCUGGGAGCAGCGCGCCAACCAGCUCCGCAAGCGCCGUCAGAUCGCCUCCCGCGAGGAGCUGUUCGGCAACCCCCCCGAGGACGCGGCCGAGACGCCCACCAGCGGCGGCCACCACGUGCCGGCGCUGUCCCCCGACGAGGCCAGCCCGGCCCCCCACCAGCCCGAGUCGCCCAUGUCCGCGGGCAUGCCCCUCCCGGAGCCCCCCAUGUCGGUGGUCAUCCCCAUGCCCGAGCCCCCGGACUCGGAGCCGCCGCCGCCGCCGGGGGCCGACGACCGGGCGGGCGGGGGCCACCACCGGGCCGCCGGCGGGGGUCGGCACCGGGGGGCUCGCAAGUUCAGGGCGGGGCCGGGGCCGGAGGACGGGGGGGCGCGGCACCGGCGGCACCGGCACCGCGAGGCGCGGCCCGAGGCCAAGAGCCUGGACUUCGGGCACGCGGCGCCGGAGGGGGGGGGGCGGCGGGAGGAUCCGGCGGGCCAGAAGGAGGAGCGGGAGGAGCGAGGGGAGCGGGGGGAGAGCGCGGGGGCGGAGGAAGGAGCGACGAUGGAGGACGGGGGAGGAGUCGACCCCAACUCCGAGGUCAACAGUGAUCACAGACUCAGCUUGCCCGGCGCGGACUUUCCCGAGCCCCCCCAGUGUGAGCCGGCCCCCCUGGAGCCAGCGGGCUCCGUGGCGCUGAUGGAGAGCAGCUGGCCCGACGAGGGGGGGGCCGUGGCCGGCCACGGCCCCCCGGCCCCCCUGGAGGCUGCGGUGGCUGGCGAGGUCGUCGAAGGCGCAGCGGCCGAGCGCAGGGGCCACCGCGCCUCUCUGAAGGCCGACAGGUCCAACGCCGAGGGGGGCGUGGUCAUCGAGAUGUGCCGACAGCCGCUGCUGGAGCGCGCCCCCGUCCCAGCGAAGAGCAAAGAGACGGACCCUCUCACGUCCGAAACGGACAGAGACGAGGAGUCAGAGGACGAGGACGAGGAGGAGGAGGAGGAGGAGGAGGAGGUGGCGCCGGCGCCGACGCAGCCCGCCGCGCCAGGCAGCAUGUUCCUCUUCAAGUCCACCAACCCUAUCCGAAGGAUCUGCCACUAUGUGGUGACCCUGCGCUACUUUGAGAUGACCAUCCUGCUGGUCAUCGUGGCCAGUAGCAUCGCCCUGGCGGCCGAGGACCCCGUGUGCGCCAACUCCGACAGGAACAAGGUUCUCCGGUACUUUGACUACGUCUUCACCGGUGUGUUCACCUUCGAGAUGAUCAUCAAGAUGAUCGACCAAGGCCUCAUCCUCCACGACGGCUCCUACUUCAGAGACCUGUGGAACAUCCUGGACUUCAUUGUGGUGGUGGGGGCGCUUAUUGCCUUUGCUCUGACGAAUGUGAUGGGGAACAACAAAGGCCGCGACAUCAAGACCAUCAAGUCCCUCCGGGUGCUUCGGGUCCUGAGACCACUCAAAACCAUCAAGAGGCUCCCCAAGCUCAAGGCGGUGUUCGACUGCGUGGUCACGUCGCUGAAGAACGUCCUCAACAUCCUCAUCGUGUACCAGCUCUUCAUGUUCAUCUUCGCCGUCAUCGCCGUGCAGCUCUUCAAGGGGAAGUUCUUCUACUGCAACGACAGCUCCAUGAACACGGAGAAGCAGUGCCAAGGCUACUACAUUGACUACAGCAGAGACAAGAAGGAGGUCAGGAGGAGGGAGUGGAAGAGACACGAGUUCCACUACGACAACGUGUGCUGGGCUCUGCUCACGCUGUUCACCGUCUCCACCGGAGAGGGCUGGCCUCAAGUCCUCCAACACUCAACGGACGUGACGGAGGAGAACAUGGGUCCGAGCCGCGGCAACCGCAUGGAGAUGUCCGUGUUCUACGUGGUCUACUUCGUGGUCUUCCCCUUCUUCUUCGUCAACAUCUUCGUGGCCCUCAUCAUCAUCACCUUCCAGGAGCAGGGAGACAAGAUGAUCCAGGAGUGCACUCUGGAGAAGAACGAGCGGGCCUGCAUCGACUUCGCCAUGAGCGCCAAGCCCAUGACGCGCUACAUGCCCCAGAACCGGCAGACGGUGCAGUACCGCCUCUGGCACUUUGUGGCCUCGCCCUCCUUCGAGUACACCGUGCUGGUGAUGAUCGCCCUCAACACCGUGGUGCUCAUGAUGAAGUACCACUCGGCCCCAGCGGCUUACGACACGGUGCUGAAGCACCUCAACUCGGCCUUCACUGUGCUGUUCUCCAUGGAGUGCAUGCUCAAGAUCAUGGCCUUUGGCAUCGUGAACUACUUCAGAGACACGUGGAACAUCUUCGACUUCAUCACGGUGCUUGGCAGCAUCACGGAGAUCAUCGUGGACCUGCAGUCGCUGAACUCCAUCAACAUGAGCUUCCUGAAGCUCUUCAGAGCCGCCAGACUCAUCAAGCUACUGAGGCAGGGCUACACCAUCCGAAUCCUUCUCUGGACCUUCGUGCAGUCCUUCAAGGCCCUCCCGUACGUGUGUCUCCUCAUCGCCAUGCUCUUCUUCAUAUACGCCAUCAUCGGAAUGCAGGUGUUUGGGAACAUCAAACUGAACGACGAGAGCCACAUCAACCAGCACAACAACUUCAAGACCUUCUUCAGCGCGCUCAUGCUCCUCUUCAGGAGUGCGACCGGGGAGUCGUGGCAGGAGAUCAUGCUCUCCUGUCUGGGGGGUCAGGAGUGCGAGCCGGACCCCUCCAUUGACCCCAUGACCGUGUCCCCAGACCACCUGGGGGGCUGCGGCACCGAGUUCGCCUACUGCUACUUUGUCUCCUUCAUCUUCUUCAGCUCCUUCCUGAUGCUGAAUCUGUUUGUGGCCGUGAUCAUGGAUAACUUUGAGUACCUCACACGGGAUUCCUCCAUCCUCGGACCCCAUCAUCUGGACGAGUUUGUCCGUAUCUGGGGAGAGUUUGACCGCUCGGCGUGCGGCCGCAUCCACUACACGGCGAUGUACGAGAUGUUGACUCACAUGUCGCCCCCGCUGGGUCUGGGGAAGAAAUGCCCUGCCAAGAUCGCCUACAAGAGGCUGGUGCUGAUGAACAUGCCCGUCGACGAGGACAUGAGUGUCCACUUCACGUCCACGCUGAUGUCUCUCAUACGCACCGCCUUGGACAUCAAGAUCGCCCGAGGGGGUGAGGAUCGCAUCGGUCUGGACUCUGAGCUCCAGAAGGAGAUCAGUGUGAUCUGGCCCUAUCUGCCCCAGAAGACCCUGGAUCUGCUGGUGCCCAUCAACAAAGACACCGACAUGACAGUAGGCAAGAUCUACGCCUCCAUGAUGAUCAUGGACUACUUCAAGUCGAACAAAGCCAAGAAGCUCCGACAACAGCUAGAAGCGCAGAAGAGCAGCUUGAUGUUCAAGCAACUGGACGCUUCCACUCUGCCUGAAGACAUCCUAUCCAACAGCGAGCCACUCACCUUGAUGGGGCACAGCGCCGGCUCAGCCCUGACCAGAGGAGGCUUCCUGGCUCUGAGUCCCAUCUCACCACAGGAGCUGUUUCUACCUCCCGUGAGCUCAGACGCUGACUCCAGCCAGCACCAGUCCAUGGUGGGGGAGAGCGGUAGAGGAAUAGGAAGCUCCCUAGCGCCCCCACUAGGGCGGGGCCUAGCGGCGCGAGCCGUUUCCAUGCCCCGUCUGGCAAUAGACACACAGCAGCCCCCGGAGGUGGCGGGCGGCGGCUCCAUGAAGCGCUCCGUCUCCACGGUGGCGGACGAGCGGGUCAAUGGUCUGUGGCAGGAAGAGGAGGCGGCCAGCCCCGACCGGGUCUAUCGGCCGCGCCACAAGAGCUACAAGGUCGCCGUUUCUCGCUCUGACCGCUGGCACGCGGGCAGCAGAGGAGAGCGGGAGCGUGGGCGGUCCAAGGAGCGCUGCCACCUCCUCUCCCCAGACGAGUCUCGUUGCAACUCGGCCGAGAGGAGCCAGCAGCCCUCCCGCAGCUCCAGCAUAGAGAGAACGCACCCCCGCGAAAAGCAGGGCAACAGCUCCGAGAGCCCGGUCCCGUCCACCUCCGAGUCCAGCACCCCGAGCGCGCGCCGGCCCACCUCCCAGACGGCCGCCCGCUCCCACCCCCACGUCUCCUACUCCCCGCUGGUGUGUCACGCGACGCCCCGCGUGGGCGAGGAGGAGGCCGAGGCGGGCGACGAAGAGGAGGAGGAGGAGGAGGAGGAGGAGGAGCAGCAGCAGGGCAGCCCGGAGACCAUGAGGCGGGGCCGACCCUCGUGGAAGGGCCCGCAGCAGGGGGCGUCGGGCGAGCGGCGCGGCGAGCCGGGCCGCCACCACCACCACCACCACCACCACCACCACUCGCCCCCGCGCCGCUACCCCUCGGAGCCCUUCCUGGCGUCCCAGGAGGACGACCACAGCCCGGACGCCGGCGGCCCCAUGGAGACGCUGACCUUCGAGGCCGCCGUGGCCCAUAGCCUGGGCCGGUCGAACACGGUGACGGCGGCGCACUCGCGCUCGCGGAGCGGCUGGCAGAUCCCCAACGGCGGACACUUCCGGAAACGCAUGGGGCAGGCGGCGUCCAUGGCGGCCGGCGACGCCCUGAGUGACACUGAAGAGGAGGACAGGUGCUGAGCAGAGGCAGAGGAGAGGCAGAGGACGACCCCCUCACAAGGAGCCGAGGAGGGGACGACGUCACAGUGUGGGGUGUUGAAGUGUACAAAGCUGACGGGGCUGACUGCUGCUGCUGAACGUUCCGGAAAACAAAGUGAACUUUAAAUGAAUGGAACCUUGGAGCAGUGUUUUCCUGAAGCUAGUAGUGUCCGGUUCACACACAGAACAUUAUAAAGAAAAAGGUAUUUAAAUGACUGAGAUUGGAAUUGGAUAUUAGUAAUAUGCAUCCCAGAUAUUCCCUUGUGUACAUGGUAUAUGGGAGGAAUUAUGAAUUAUGGGCGGAAUGAAUAAAUGUCAUUCAUGUCAAUAGGUAUCGUCAUUUCCAGAGAUGUUGCUAACCAUGCCUCACUGUUGCUUUUUACCGUGCGUUGGACGUGUGGACAUAUACUAUGGGACAAAGGGGGACCGGACUUUCCUUUAAAUAUACCUUUUUUUUUUCCGUAUAUACAAGCUGAUCACCGAGCCAUUUUCCAUCCAUUUUUGCCAGAGUUUCUUUGACCGGAUGAACACAGCUGGAUGAUUGGACAGUUUAGACAUCUGCUGGUUAAUGUGGCGACUAAUAUAGCCACAUGAAUGCAAAAGAGUUGUGAUAAUAUAUUGCUGAUGUUGAUAUUAUUAAAUGUGAAAGAGAGGGAGGUUUGAGGGAAGAGAUGUUAGUAACCAGAUUAAAUACAUUAUGAGUUAUACGUAAUGCAUAAUUUAUACAUAAUUUGUACUAAAUAAUUUGCAUAGAUCUAUAAUGUCCAACUUUUUAGCUGGCUUUUUUGUAGGCCCUCCCUUUCUCCACCUUACAAUUUUAGGAACUUUUUAUAUCUUCAAUUGAAAAAUACUGUGGUAUAUGAAAAAUAAUAAGUAAAUACUCAAACUAAAUGAUAGUUUUAGCUCUUUAAAACUCUUUAGCAAUUGUUUCUUCUUUUAGAAUAUUGAUUAAAAAAAAAUAACAUUGCAGGCCACUGUACAGAAACUGUAGACUUCAUGACAUACCAUUGCUUCACAAAUUACUAAUUCUAAUUACUAAUUAUGUACAGGAGAAACGCUGUCUGUAAGAUUUAACAAAAUAACGAGUGGCAAACCCCUAUUGAGCUGGUUUGCUUUGAAUCCUAAUACAUUUCUGCAAUGUUCAAAGGUAUCUGUAUUUGUUUAAUUUGCCUGAAGUAGGCCGAUUCUGUGAGACUCACUUAACCAAAAACAUGAGGGUUUGUACCAUAAUUUACUGGAAUGCAAUUAAUUGUUGGUUUUUAUGUGUACAAUACUUGUAAAUACAAAUAAAGGUGUCAUCAAGUUGCA